AUGGUUACGGAUAAUCCUUGCUUCCGUAGUGCAGUAGUAAAAACCUACCGAUCGGAUCGGACCGGAGGGAUACAUGUGCCUGGGAGCAAUCGAGAAUUUGAACAGGAGGUAGAAUACGCGAUAGCUAGCACUCGAUUCAGCUCUAGGAGCCGAGCCGGUGAUGAUAGACGCAAUGGUGGAGGAGCUAACAACAACGCGUUCAGGACGCAUAAUAACACCCUCAACAAGGGUCCGAGAGGCCUCAGACAGCGACAAUAUCAGCACUGUCAGAACAUCCAAGAAAUCAAUGACUUAAGUGGAAUUAAUAGCGGUAAAAAAAGCCGCUAG